CAUGAGGGAGAGAGCAAAACAAGAGGCUGGAACCAAAAAAGCAUAGGAAAAGGAAAAGCCUGUGUUCUUAAAAUACCAGUUUAUCUGGUUACAAGGCACUUUGGUGAUCAAUGAUUCUCUCACAAAAAGUUAGUUUAAAAUGCUCUGAAAUACUGGUGGGAUUCUACAGAAUCAGCAUCGUACGUUUGUUUGUGAGAAAUGCAGGGUUUUACAAAGCUUAUGGAGGGUGGCUUUGAGAUAAGGUUGGUUGAUGAUGAUUUGUGAUUGUACAUUUGUACUCAUAUGAACAACGUAGUAUAGCUUUCCACUAGCCAUUUCAAAUUAUUUGCUUAUUUCCUUUUCACCUGUAAAUCAGAGAGACAACUACCUACAAAAUAUGAAGAUGUUCUAUAUCUUUUAAAAUAUUAUGUUGCAACUUUGGAAACCCACUUUGAGUAUGAUCGAUUGCUCAUCUACAUAUUUACGGCGGGUGAAUAAAUACUAAAAAAAAUCCUUUGUAUAAAAUACAUGUUUAAUUUCAUCAAAUAAUUGAAAGCUAAAAUGUUAUUCUUAAAUAAAAGUUAUGGUGUAGAGCGGAAAACAAUUUUAUUUACUUACAAAUUAUAUUGUAAAUUUUGAUUAACAUUUCAAAUAAUAGGUUAGUUUGAGUUAAAAGUAACAUUAAUAUUCAUCAUUAUUUUUUGUUAGAAAUUAGGAGCCCAGUCAAAAUUCAAAAAUGUAACGAUUAUAAUUUUUGUCGACGUUAUUCUUUUGUUAGAAAUAAUAAUAUACACUCGAAAGUAUGUACAACAUAAACUAUUACAAGGUUUUUAUUUUAUUUGAAAUAGUUUAAAGUAUUAAUCCAAAAUUAAGAUAAUUAAUAUUAUAUUUUUGAAGGAGUUUCAAAUAUAAACAUUUGUACGCUUAUAUUUAGUAAACAAAUAAUGUUGUGUUCUUCGUCUUACGAAUACAUCAUAAAACAGUUCUUAUGAUAUUGUUGAUAUUCAUUCCGAUCAUUCCGGUAUGACAAAUUAAUAUAAAUCACCAGAACCGAGUACGAUGAUUUUAAUUGCAUUUACAUGUAUCGAAAAUACAAUAAAAUAUUUUUUAUUUAUUUUAAUAUGUAAAAUAGCCCGUAAAAACCAAAAAACUAGAUGAACCAAUAGGUUUAUAUUAUAUUAGUGAACAUACAUAUAAAAGUAUUAUAUUAUAUAGUGAAUGAAAAAUUGAAUUUAGUAAUUUGAUAUACAUAUACUGAGCAUUUAACAUAUGAAUAAUGUUUUAGCAAAAAAAAAACAUAGGAACCAUUAUUUUCUUUACUCAUUUACAUCGAUUUAUUUUUUAAGGUCCAUGAUUUCAUGAUAAAUAGUGCUCCUAACUUAUUCUUUUUUUUUUCAUACAAUAGCGCACAUGACAUAUUAUUAUAUAUUACUCCUAAUUAGCUAUUUGAAUAAACGAACACUUUGAUAUUUGAAAAUUUUGAACGAUUCCUUUUGUACGGUAAAAGGUUUUAUUUCAAAGUAUUAAUACACCAAUGCAAAAAUAUAUUUUGCAAGAUAAUUACAUGCAUUGCAACAUAAGAUCUUUAUUACAUACAAUCAUGGAUUCUAUAAAAACAUCCAUGCAAUAUUAUCAUUUAGUUUAAAUAUAUUGUUAAUUCAUACCGCAAGGUUCCAUAGUAUUAAUAACUUCUAAAUUAAUAGUAAAACCUAUCUAAUAAAUUCUAAAUUUAUUUAAUAACGACAGACUGUUUUCAAUUGAGUGGCAGUCAAGUUGAAGUAUGACUUUCAUUAGGAAAAAACUAUCACAUUUUAAUUAAAACAUACAUAGACCAAGCUAUUCAUUCACUAACAAAAUGUUGUUUUGGCUUAGAUAAUAUAAGCUUUUCCUUAACAUAUUUUUCUCGCAUGAUCAUUGCAUAAUUAUAUGCACAUGAAGGACAUCAUUAAUCCUAUUAUAUUAGAUUGUCUUUCAUAGAAUAAUGAAAGUUAUUGUCAUUCUAAUUCAGUCCAAAAAUAUUUAUUAAAAAUAAUAACAUGAUCUCCGAAUUCUAUUUAUUUAUUUUGUUUAUAAUAUUGUUUCAAUCUACAAUUUUUUUUAAAAAAAUGCUUCAUAAGAUUAAUAUAAAUUCAUAUAAAUAGUUUUUUUUCCAACUCCCCGCCCGCAGGGCGGGCCGACCCUAGUUAUAUAUAUAAGAUAGAUAGAUCAGAACAUGAACAUGAAGCUGAACCGUAUUAAACCAAACGUAAUAUUUCUGUUUCAUAACCGGGAGAGAUGACACUUUGAGACUUGAGUCAACGUUGACGGCGUUAGCUUUAACUGUUACAAAUACAUUUACAGGAGGAGGGAGGGAACCCCCAAAAAAAAAAAACAUAUUGAGAAAAUGAUUUGAAAAAGGCUUCCAAUUUCACGCCCUUUCCUCUUCCCUCCCACUUCACUAUUUACAAGACAGAGAGAGAGAACCUAAGCCCAUCCUCGCCGUGGAGAUUCACACCACGACGAGCUCAUCGCUAUCCCUCUACGCCGCUGGAUUUGCUACAUAGCUAAGACAUUAACCCCCAACGAGCGUGGUGAGUAUGUUUCCUAAUCCUAUCUCCGAUUCAUGUUUAUAAUCGAAAAUCUUCGCUUAUCAAUCAAACAAACAUCUUCUGAAAAAUGGCGAAAGUAGUAGCUCCUGGUGCUUUUGGCACUUCUCUACAAAUGAGUGGAGGCUCCAAAGCUAAGCGAAAGACUCCCGCUGAGCUAAGAGGAGAACAACUGAAGCGGACUAGUUUCGUGGACCAAGCUAAAGAAUCCUUUGAUGCAUUGCGCCCUUGCAAAAGUAGUAUUGAGAGGGAAUAUGGGUUUAAGAAGCAAGAACAGUUGAAGAAUCCAAAAUAUAUUGAGAUGCGUAUGGAUGAACUCUAUCCUGUCAAAAAGGCUCGGCCUUGGAUGCAUUCUGGCAAAGAUAUCUCUAAGGAAAAUGGUGUGAAAGAGCAAUCCAGCAACCUAUUCAAUGUUUCUCUACUGUCAAACGUUGCUGCCACCAAAAGAGAACAACUUAUCCGUGAAGACAAUGAUGCGUCUACUGAAGUUUCUAAUGAUACGAACACCGAAGCUCGUCAAACAAAUGAGAGCAGGUUUCGCAGUGUCACAGAACUUUCAACAAGGGGUGAAGAGUUAGCCUACUUGCCAGAUAUUGAUAUGACUAAAGCUCUGAAAGGACUUGCCACUUGUGCACAAUUGUCGGUUCAUCCUGAUGAUAUAAGUGAGAAGUCUGAUACUGCUUCAUUAAGUGGAAAUUUUGUAUCUGAAUUCCACAUUCCUGGGGGAGAGAUUCCUCUGGACCUUUCCAUGAAGACUUAUGUUCGACUUGUUUCCUCUUCCCCAUUAAAUUGGUUACAUAGGUCAAUCAUGAGUAGUACCUACAAUGGUAUGCCACAGCUAAACUCGUUGUCGUGUAAUGUGGUAAAUCAAGAUAACAGCAGUGGUUCUGGAUCAGCUGUGGUUUCCCAAGUGUUAAAUUCCAUGUCUCUACACUCAUGGAUUUAUCCCCAGUCCACCCUGCCACCUUGUAUCAUUUCAGCAUUGCUAACAUCUGGACCAGACAGAGGUGAAGAUGAUUUCCUACAAAAGAGACAAUUGGCAUGGGAAGAUGCUUUCCGAAGUCUAUAUUUUAUGUUUCGGAAGAACCUCUGCAAAAUAUUUUAUGUUUGUACUUCACAGUUUGUGGCAAUGUUCACCGGAAGCUGUAAGUCAGGGGGUGUCAAACGCACAUGCAAUGCCUAUAUCACUCAGUCAACUAGAAGAUUGAGAGCCAUGCUUAAAGACCUUGACAUAUGUUACUCUAUGCCUCUUUGCAAAACUAAAAUAGAUGAGACCACAGUUGAAGAUCUUGCUGAACUUUCAAAGAUAGAGAAUCAUAACCUUGGCCAGGCUCGUCGUUUGCGUUCCGUCUCAAACAUAGAUAAUACUCCAGAAUCGUUCUUGGCCUUUGAAGGUAACGAGAGCGUACAUGGAGUUUAUGAUCUUCUGUUAAAUUAUAGGUCGUCUUUGGGAUUUCUUCUAACCGCAGACGUUCCUGUAUUAUAUUCGCCAGUGCCAUUUCAGAACGCUGCCCUGUCUUCUCCUGAGAUCAAGUGCACGGAGAUGGUAAAAACAGAUGAUACAAGUUGCUGCAUGGUCGAGGUGAAGGGUGAAUAUCUUCCGCCGUGGAUUAUUAGCAAUAUUUGUGCAAACGUGGGUGCUAAUGGACAAAACUUUGAAGCCAGCUUUGUGACCGAGCCAACCUCUGUUAGCUUAAACAUGGGUCUACCACAAAUCCCUGAGAAAACCGAGCCAGAGACUUCAGUCACCGAAGGCACAGGAGAAACAAAGGAUGGUGCGUCUGGCAUACCCGGAGCAGUGAUCUGCCCUCAGCUUCAAGCAGGGUAUCUAAAGAGUUUGAAGUAUUGCAACAACUUGAACACUGUUUCUGUUUCGCUGUCUCCCUCGUGAUCUGUAUUUGCUUAGAAUCCUCUCUUUUUAGGUUUUUCAUCGUUAUAUGUAUGACCUCAAAGUCAACUUAUCAACCGAAUGUUUAUUUUUGUGCAAUUUGGCUGGACAUACAUAUAAGAUGCAACAUAUUAGAAUUAAGAAACCUAUUUUGGUUUGAUUCCUGACUUUAUUCAUGCA